AUGCGGAUCCACCUAUACUCUACCUUCGUGGACCUGACGAAAGCCUUCGACACGGUGAAUCGUGAAGGACUGUGGAAGAUCAUGCAGAAAUUAGGCUGUCCGGAGCGAUUCAUUCAGAUGGCGCGUCAGCUGCACGACGGUAUGAUGGCGCGAGUCACGGACAACGGAGCUGUCUCAGAGGCAUUCGCAGUCCAUGCGCGUCCACGAGAGCGGAAUCGACCGCAGUCCCGACACACCCACCACAUCCAAAACAUCCCCCAUGCCCAGCCCCGCUCUCGCUUCAUCGCCGUGUACGCCCAUCACCACCACCACCACCACCACCACCACCUCUGUAGCCGACAUCGACAACGCCGACUUCUCAUGCCCAAACUGUCUACGCACACUCAAUUCUCGCAUCGGCUUUAUCAGUCACUUGCGAAUCAAUCGCACAAAGACUGGCGAUCCAGUGCCUGGAGCACCAACCUACGCCCACCGCACUCGCCUCAAUUGUCCACACUGACCUCGCACUUUCACGCAUCGCAUGGGCCUAUUCGGCCACAUGCGCAUCCACGAAGACCUGCGGUAGACGACCGCCGGCUACAUCACACCGUCACACCCUCCCUCCCUGCCUCCACCAACACCACCCCACCACACAUUAACACUCACCCAUCGCAAGCACCCAACUGCCGCCUACCACGCAAGUGGUAAGUGCGCAUCUCGACUCGUCCCCAUGCGGCUUCGGCUGCACGGCUUCCCAGCAUGGUUUUUUACCAGAUCGCUCUUGUGAAAAAUGUCAUCUGUCGUUUCUCGAUCUACUUACCUCUCUUCGUAAUGAUCCCCUAUCUGUUGUCGUUAUUUAUUUUGAUCUUAGAAAAGCCUUUGAUAAAGUGCCACAUAAAAGACUCUUGAUUAAAUUGGAAGCUAUGGGAAUUCGCAGUCCACUAAUAGACGUUCUCAGGUCAUACCUGUCUAAUCGUAAACAAAAGGCUUUGGUGGGAUCUUCACUUUCCAGUGAAAGUCCUAUUGUAAGCGGUGUCCUACAAGGUACCGUUUUAGGUCCUCUUUUGUUCUUGCUUUACAUAAAUGAUAUUUCAGCAGCAGUUAAACAUUCUCAAUCAUUUAUUUAUGCCGAUGAUCUCAAAUGUGUAUAUUCUUUCAAAAAAUCUACGAGCCUUCAUUGCCUGGAGCAAAUCCAUGCUGACUUGCUUGCUCUCUCAGCUUGGAGCUCAAAAUGGCUAAUGGAAUUCUCUCCGUCUAAAUGUCGUUAUAUGUGUUUUGGACCUGAUAGGCUACCCCAACCUGUGGUCUUUCAAGGCACACCUAUGACUGAAUGUACCACCAUCAAGGAUUUAGGCAUAAGCUACACUAGUAAUCUUGAUCUCUCGCCGCACGCUGACAGAAUUACAGCCAAAGCUGCCCGGAUUUGUGGCUUUAUUUCUUACAAUUUCUAUCUUCAUGAAAUUAAAUUAAGGCUCUAUCGUAUGUUUGUACUUCCUAUUCUCGAGUAUUGUUGCCCAUUCUUUGGUUUGAUGAAUGAAGACAGUCGUUUAAAAAUUGAAAAUGUCCAAAGACGUUUUUCUAAAAAACUUUUAGAUAGGGAACAUCCCAAUAUCUCCUACUCAGAUAGAUGCCAGCUAAUUAACCUAAAAUUUUUAUGGGUUCGAAGACUAGAAGCGGGCUUCUGUCUCCUCUUUCGCAUUAAUCAUAGUUCAAAUUUUCCUCGGAUUUCAACACUUACCCCUAGUAGUCGUCCAUACAAUCUUCGCAACUCGUCUCUAAUUAUACCUCCUCCAGCGUCCUCCACCUCUAAGCGCUCCCUUUUUUUCGCUUCCAGGUAUACUUUCCUCUGGAAUAACCUUCCAAUAAAAAUAAGAUCUUCAGAAAAUCUACACACCUUUAAGAGAAGGCUACGCCUUUAUCUGAAUACUGACUCGAUUAAACUUUUAUUUUCCUCAUCCUUCCCAGACAACUUUUUCUAUGACACUGAGAAAGGGCCACCGGGAAUUUAGCAUGCCGCUAUUAAAUUUCCGUAUCUGUUCACGUUUCCUUCCCUUAUGAGUAGUCUCGCUACCUAAAAUCCCUCACCAGAAAUGUUAAUUAUUCCAAUUUUUCAGUUCAUGCAUCGUGCCCUCACAGAAUGCGCACCAUCGAUGCUCUUGGCGAAACCUUCUGUAUUCGCCAAAUACUAGUAGUCUGGUCGCAUCUCCCUUACCCCAUCCUCGGUUGGACUCGGAUGAAUGUAACCGACCGCAUCUGGGUUCCUAUCGCCUCGAGACUGGUUGUCAUCGUGUCCUUACAGAAUGCGCUCUAUCGGCGGUCUUGACAAAGCCUUCUAUAUUCGCCAUAUACUAGUAAUCUGGUCGCAUCUCCUUUGCCCUAUACUCGGAUGGACUCUGAUGAAUGUAACAGACCGCAUCUGGGUUCUUGUCGCCUCGAGACUGGUUGUCAUCGUGUCCUUACAGAAUGCGCUCCAUCGGCGGUCUUGACAAAGCCUUCUAUAUUCGCCAUAUACUAGUAGUCUGGUCUCAUCUCCCCCAUGCUCGGAUGGACUCGGUUGAAUGAAACCGGCCGCAUCUGGGUUCCUAUCAGCUCGAGACUGAUUUUCAAUUUCGCCACUUAUUUUUCUUAUUCAAGGCGAUACAGGCCAGUCCUGACGGACCCGCCUACGUGCCAUUUUAUGAAAUCCGUUACACAAUGCCAUAUACAGCUGACAUUUAUUUCGGCCAUGUUGAUGUCGAACUAUAUCCAUUCUGUACCGCCACAUGCAGGCCAGUCCUCCCUGUAUUUUUCUGAUGCUAUUUUUCUGAGGGUUUUUUUUCUCCUGUUAAAUUACUACAAUCAUUUUAAAUUUUGCUUUGGAGUUUUUUUUUCACCCCUCGUUUUUUCAUUUUCAUUUUGCUUAACGGACUUCUAAUCUCAAAAGCUAUGUAUUGCACUUUGUACAGAUUUUGCUUACGUCAUCUAAAAUUCGCAUGUGAAUUUAUUUUUACUUGCUUUGAUGGGACCCCGACGGGUCUUUAAUAAAAAUAAUUGAAUUGAAUUGAAUUGAAUUGAGUCGGAGACUAUCCCGACACGUCAAGCGUCGCCGAUAGGAAGGCUGCUGACUGACGCCCCCACUCGGCCCACGCAGUUUUUCCCGUUGUGUGAGUGUCGUGUGCAGUGGUGGACUGGUGGGCUGGGAGACGGGCUGAAGCAGCACCUUUCACGGCCCUCUCACGCAAGUAAGAGAUACGCCGUUCAACCCCCGUUGUGUGAAAUCCUGGUGUGUGUGUGUGUGUGUGUUGUGCCCUCAAAACGGGCCACGUGUUAGAUGCGUUGGACCACCACGGGGGCCACAUCGGACUCUGGCAGGCGUUAUCUUUGCGUAAUAACAAAUGCCAACACUUGCGGGGUGCCCUGGCGGACCCUGUUGUCGGCAUUCGUCGCACAACUGGACCACUGCCUCCACCCCAUUGUUUUGUGGUCAAAUCCUGGUCUUGGUGUGUGGACCAGGGGUGCGGAGUGGAGCGCCAAGGCGAAGAUCCGUCCGAGCCAUCCACCUGCGGCCUCCCCCGUCUCCGGUCUUCUUGACUCUGUCUUGACACCGGGCCCAGGCGGGGGAGGAGGAGAGAGUGUAGGUAGAUGCUACGCAAGUCUACUGGCACUAUAAACCCCUGCGUAAGUCACCGUCCCUGCUCCCACAAUGCAGUCUGUGGGGCACACGGUGGUCAUCGUCGAAAUCGACGGACGAACUGUCGUGUGUGUGUGUGUGUGUGUGUGUGUGUGUGUGUCUGGGGGGGGGGUGUAGGGGUGUCCAGUGGUGGGUUCACGUGAAGGUCGUAGUGGUCGCUCACUUGCUUGCAGGUGAGACUACGCCUAGCGUCCAUUUGCUGGCACCUAACUCUCACCUGUGGCUCCACGUAGCUGGGCUCUGCUCAGCGGCCACACCCCGGGCAAACGUCUCGACCGGCGGGCUAAACCAGGUGAGGGUAUCCGUGCGUGCACCUGCACGCGCGGUACUGUGGUCUGCGCUGGCCGGAUGGAUCUUCGCGUCGACAUCGUCGAGACGAGGCUCUGCCUGGACCAUCGCAAGAGGCCACCAGGUAAGUUCCCCCUGAGGUAAGUGCGUUUGCUUUGUUUCCUCCUUUUGUUUGUUGAAGUUCCGCGUCGUACGCUGCGCUUGCUGCCUGCCCUUUAUAUGCUAGCCUGUCUGUUAAUAGCUUAACGACACCCUCGAUGCCUGCUGCGAUUGUCUGUCCGUCAGUCUAUGCCACUCUCUACUAAUAGCUAGGUGUUACGGUGCUUGACUUUGUGUGGUGCCCUCACUUCGUCUCUGACUGAUGACUGUGUCCGCUUGUCCACUCUAGAUCUAAGUCCCCUAGCGUUAGUUAGUAUGUAUGCUCUCUCCUACCUCACUCCAUCACACCAUCACCUCACCACCAAGGUCCCAGGCUAAUUCGGGUCGUUCUCUUACUAACAAAAAGUCGUGGCCCAUAGUGGAGUCCGGCAGCCGUCUGGGAUAACCGGGCAGCCCUGUUCAGGGAUGCGUUGCCUGCCCCCGCGAGGGGGAGGGGGCUAGAAAAGGUGCCCUAAAGAUCGCUGGGAACCACGCUGUCUGUAGGCUGGCCGUGGCCGCAGACAAAAAACACACGGUCGAAACAGCCAAAACCGAAACAACAACAACAAUCGCUCUCUUCCUCUUCCAGCCUAUUCUUCUUCUUCUCCUACUCCUACUUUUCGCCGCCGCAGUCGCCAGACUGGCAGGGUGAGCCCGCUCACUCUGGCAGCCUGGAAUGUUCGUUCCCUUUUAGACAAUCCGAGGAGCAACCGACCGGAACGGAGGACGGCGCUAGUGGCACGAGAACUGGCGCGCUACAAGGUGGACAUCGCCGCACUCAGCGAGACCCGAUUCUCCGAACAAGGCCAACUGGAGGAGGUGGGUGCCGGCUACACCUUCUUCUGGAGUGGUCGACCCAGGGCAGAGCGACGAGACGCGGGUGUCGCCUUUGCCAUCCGGACCGACAUCGUUAGACGACUACCAUGUUUUCCGCAGGGAAUCAACGACCGCAUAAUGAGCCUCCGUCUGCCCCUCCGGCGAGGAGGCAAGUUCGCCACCAUCAUCAGCGCCUACGCUCCGCCGAAGACCAGUUCCGACGCCGUCAGAGACAAAUUCUACGAGGACCUGCACACCCUCUUGGCGACUGUGUCGAAGGCGGACAAGUUGAUUGUCCUUGGCGACUUCAACGCCCGCGUCGGCACAGACCAUACUGCCUGGAGGGGAGUGCUGGGUCCUCACGGUCUCCGCGGCUCCAACGACAACGGCCUGCUUCUCCUCCGCACCUGCGCAGAACACCGCCUCAUCCUGACGAACACGUUCUUCUGUCUGCCGGAGCGAGAAAAGGCCACCUAG